UGUUAUUUCUUCUCCGUUUUCUGCUUUCUAGUGCUGAAGAAGACACACCAGGAUGGUUACUCAUUGUUCCUAACCAGCUUCAGCUCGACAAAGGCCCGUGCACCUUCACGCUCUCCCCCUGAACACUGACAAGCACUUCCCCAGCCAUGUCUAACAUAAACAAUGCGCUUUGCAUUGAAAAUGGACAAAAUGCAGAUGUGUCGCUCCUGCAGAAGGAUAAUCUCCAGGAUGGUGGAUUAAGUCAGCUCUUGGAUUAUAACGCAGAAAUGGAAAGGUACAGGUCUUUUGCGAACUUUUACAAAACGAACGGUGCGUUUCCGCAGACUGCAAAAAUUGCCCGAAUCACGACGCCGAUUUUUCCCAGCGCCAGAAUUGGUAUGUCCCCUUGGAACUGUGAUAACGCCAUGCUCUGGGGAAGGAAAUCAGCGGCAAUAAACCCUAAUAGGACCAGCAUGCAUAGAAAUGACUCCCAGAGGCCGGGGAAGCCUGGCGUGCCGCCAGAGACGCUGCAAAUGGCAAAUAAUAAUUUCCUCUCUACCUUAUCCCCCGAACACUGCAGACCUUUAGCAGGAGAAUGCAUGAACAAGCUGAAAUGCGGCGCUGCUGAAGCAGAGAUAAUGAAUCUCCCAGAACGCGUUGGAACUUUUUCCGCUAUUCCGGCUUUAGGGGGCAUCUCAUUACCUCCCGGGGUCAUCGUCAUGACAGCCCUUCACUCCCCCGCAGCCUCAGCAGCCGUUACAGACAGUGCGUUUCAAAUUGCCAAUCUGGCAGACUGCCCACAGAAUAAUUCCUCAGCAUCCAGUGGAAACCCAGCGAAGAAGAAAAGGAAAAGGUGUGGGGUGUGUGCACCCUGCAGGCGGCUAAUCAACUGUGGUGUUUGCAGCAGUUGUCGGAACCGCAAAACAGGCCACCAGAUCUGCAAAUUUAGGAAAUGCGAGGAGUUGAAGAAGAAGCCUGGCUCGUCGCUGGAGAGGACGCCGGUAAACAACGGGGAAGCUUUUCGGUGGUUCUUUUAGAAACGUGAGAAGUGGACCUCCACCCAGCAGCAGGAAGACAGGCAGGACUCUUGACUGUCUGCUGGGAGAAUUUCAUGGACACACAGCACGUAGCGCCGCCCAAACAUUUUUGAAGAGGACGCAAGGAGACAAAGUGGACAGACACAAGGAUAAACGAAAACAUAAUGGUGUUGUUUUAACUCUGUAAUUUCCUUUUUUCUUUUUCCCUGUGUAAUUAUUGUACCUUUUGACAGUAUCAUUAUGUAUAUUUUUGGUGUCUAUGAAUGUGUUUUCAGUGUCAUGGCUGUAGGUUUUACAGCCAGCCCUGUGUAAAGAACUCAAACAGACAAUCAUACAAACACACUGAAUCUGACAAAACGAAGAGGCCACAAGAAUCAAUUAUCAAACAAACACCUGUCACUCUGGAGCAAUAACUGAUCCUGUUGAUCAUUCCUCAUACUCACAUUUCAGUAACAUUUAUUCCCCAAACUGAGUCAUAUUCUAGGAUUGUCUUUUAGCUCUGUUUACACUCUAAAAACUGCUGGGUUAAAAAAAAAAAAAAGAAAGAAAAAAAACACCACCACUAAAUUCAGGUUAUUUUGCUGACACAGUCUUGGGUUAAACACGCGCUGAUCUAAACUUUGGUUGAUUUAACAAAACAGGGUGACUCCAGUGUCAAGACACCGGAGUAGGUUUUUAACUGAGAAUAUUGGUUAAAAUGACAAAUGUUUUAACGAUAACAAAGAGAGGGUUGAAAUUAUAAAUUAUAGCCUGAAUAUACAUCCUUCAUUAAAAAUGAUCAGAUGAGGAGUAUCAAUCUUUUGGAGAAAAAAAAAUAUAUAUAUAUUUGGCAAAUUUUAUUUGUCAACAUUUUUUCAUACCAAUAAUUAUUAGGAAAACUUGCUGACGAGCUUUUUGCACAUUACCAGUGACAUCAUUGGUGAUGAGCGCCAAGUGUUUGGAAAGGUCUCUUUACCAUAACCCUAAUCUUUAGCUCCCCCCACAGGUACUUGAUGAGAUUCGAAUCAGGAGAUUGGCUGGGCCAUUUCAAAAUGUUAGUUUUGCUUCCAGCCAGAAGAAAUAUAGUCAGAAAAACAAAACAAGCAAAAAAAAUAACUUUUAGUGUUAUUUUAAGACUUGCUUAAUCCACUAGGGGCGUGACUGCUGCUGGACAACUUUAUAUAAACGGUAUAAAAAUGACCUCUCCAUUUGAUUUUAUGACUAGGGCUUUGGACAAAGUGGGUGUGUUGAAAAUAGCUAGCAUUAGCUUGAGCUAGCUACUGAGCAACGAACAGGCUAAAUGUUCGUUGCUGACAUUUUUUUACUUAAAUGUGUGGUACGUAAAAUAAUAUAUGGGACACUUUUCUCCUCAGUACAUCAUUGCUUAAAACUCAAAAAUGAAACGGUAAAGAAUUAUAUAUGAAAUAAAUAUGCUAAAUCAAGAUAAAUAAUAAAAGUAGUUUACCUAUUUAAUUUUACUUUUUGACCAACUGAUUGGCCAAAGUGUAGCGUUAGCAGCUAAAGGGCUAGCGCUACAUUUAGUUAGCGAGCUUCAUCUCCAGUGUUAAUCAACACAAAGCAUUGACAACAGUAUUAUCACAGCUAUCAGGUUGUCAUGGUCUGUAAACCUUAAUUUAACAAUGAUAUUGCCUCACUGUUUACAUGUAUUUACACAAAAUAAGAAUGAAAAGAAAGACAUUGUUGGGAUCCAUUUCACUACUACAAUACUGAUGAGUGAUGACCUUUUAAUUUCCAGUUCAGUUUAAUUUUUCAUUAGCUGAAAUCUUUCCAAACAACUAAAUUUGUCUUGCAAGCAAAUCAAAAGCCUUCUUGUAGCCAAAUGACCAGCAGUGCCCAGCAGCAGGCGGGGGAGCAACAGCACUGUGUUACUCUACAAUCAGUGCCAAGAGACCUGAUCACUCUGGCACUUUCUUUGGCAAAUUAUAAUGUUCUAGAAAUUAUACUCUGGGAGGUUUCUAGACUUUUUUUUUUUUUUUUGAUACACUCCUUAUAUGCUCAUAUCUAAUCUCUUUACCAGCCUCGAAACUUUGGUCAUGAUUUCUGAUUUUC